AUGCAUCAACAAACUCUCCUUGCCACCCUCUCAGCCGUCCUUGCGGCCCUUCCCGUCGCCCAGGCUGGCCUCUACACCCAAAACUCUCCGGUCCUGCAGGUAGACGCCAAAUCAUACGACCGCCUCAUCGCAAAGUCCAAUCACACGUCUAUUGUCGAAUUCUACGCCCCCUGGUGCGGCCACUGCCAAAACCUCAAGCCCGCCUACGAAAAGGCAGCCAAGAACCUCGAUGGCCUCGCCAAGGUCGCCGCCGUCGACUGCGACGAUGACGCCAACAAGGCCUUCUGCGGCAACAUGGGCGUCAAGGGCUUCCCCACCCUCAAGAUUGUCCGCCCCGGCAAGAAGUUUGGCCGCCCUGUUGUCGAGGAUUACCAGGGCCAGCGCACCGCCGGAGCCAUUGUCGACGCCGUGGUGGCCAAGAUCAACAACCACGUUGUCAAGCUGACGGACAAGGAGAUUGACGGCUUCUUGGAGAAGGAUGAGGAGAAGCCAAAGGCCAUCUUGUUCACGGAGAAAGGAACUACGAGUGCGCUGCUCAGGAGCAUUGCCAUUGAUUUCCUCGACGCCAUCACAGUCGGCCAGGUCAGGGACAAGGAAACAGCCACCGUGGAAAAGUUUGGCAUCUCUUCAUUCCCAUCCUUCGUUCUCAUUCCCGGAAGUGGCAAGGAGCCCAUCACUUACAGCGGAGAGCUCAACAAGAAGGACAUGGUCGAGUUCCUGAAGCAAGUCGCCGAGCCCAACCCCGAAACAGCUCCCUCUAGUGCCAAGCCUGGCAAGAAGGCGGCGUCUUCCUCCAAGGAUAAGGCCAGCAAAGAAGCCCCCAAGGCCGAGCCGUCCACCGCUUCCUCUGAGACCGCCGCGUCGGAACCCACCCUCAUCGAUAUCCCCGCCCUUGCUUCCAAGGCCGAACUCGAAGAGCACUGCCUCCAGUCCAAGUCUCACACAUGUGUCCUUGCGCUUGUCCCCGCACCCCCCUCGGAGAUGCGCAACAAGAUCCUCUCGUCCGUCUCCCAGCUCCACACCAAGUACGUCCACGGAAAGCGCCACUUCCCCUUCUUCUCCGUCGACAGCAAUGUCGAAGGCUCUGCUGCUCUGAAGGAAGCCCUCGGUCUCUCGGGCAAAAUCGAGCUCAUCGCCCUCAACGCCCGCCGCGGCUGGUGGAGGCGUUACGAGGAAGGCGAGUUCAACGUCCACAGCGUCGAGUCCUGGAUCGACUCCGUCCGAAUGGGCGAGGGCGAGAAGCAGAAGCUUCCCAAGGGAGUUAUUGUUGAGAAGCCCGAGACUACCGAAGAGGCAAAGGCUGAGACUGAAGCCCCGGCAGCUGAGGAGGCAGCCGAAGAGUCUGCUCACGAUGAG